AUGACAAAAAAGGAGACACAAAAAGGGGCCAACCCAAUCACACAUCUACUCUAAGCUCUCACCUUUUUCAUUUGAUUCCACUACGCUCCUCCUCCUUCACUUUCUUCUGCUUCUCUCUCUCUCUCUCUCUUUCUCUCUCGGAACUUUUUCGUUUUUCUUGCGGGUUUGGGGUGUUAAAGUCACACAAUCUAACGGUUAAGAAGCCUUUAUCUCUCUCUGUGACUAAAAAAACGUACCUUACCAAAGUGGGUCAUCCCUCAUAUCUAGCUAUCUCCGUCACCGUCACCGUCACAGCCACGAUCAGAGCCGUUGGUUUCUCUCACUUAUCUGAAAUGGACAAAUCCAUGUCUUUGACUGUCAGUGAUGGAUAUCUCAACGGCCAUCACCAAAACUCCUUUUCUUCUCGUUCUUCCUCUCGUAGAGAUCAAGAUGUUGCUUACAGCUGUGGUUCUUGUGGGUAUGAGCUAAACCUAAGCUCUUGCAAUCGGAACACCUCAACCAUUGGUUCUAAAUAUGGAAAAUCUAUAAAGAGAGGGAUCAUUUCUUUCUUUAACAUUGAUGAGAGCAGAUUUACUCAGGUUGAUGAAAUCCAGUGCAUACCCUACUUUUCUAAGAACUCUUGGGGCUUGUUCCGUCGGAGAACCAAACUUCUUUGCCGCAAGUGUGGUAACGAUAUUGGAAUUGCUUACAAUGAUCUUACAUCAUCCCAGCGACUUGUAUCAGAUGUAUCAGAUUCUUCCUCAGGCAAUGAAGUCUCAAGUUGUAGAAAAUAUAAUGUUAAAAUCCGAGCUUUACAGCCCUCAUCUUCUGAGGAAUCUGCCACUCAAAUUUACACGUGAUGUACUCGAGCAAGCUUGUUUUAUAUGCUCUUUUUCCCAUCAAGGAAACAUCUGCAACACCAAAAAGGCAAGAAUUCAUCUAAAGGUGUCUUCCUUCUGUAUUUGGUUGGUGUUUUGCCUUUCUUAUCUAUGUUGUUACUUGUACAUAACAGUUUCUAAAACUGUUUUAUAAGAAAAUUGUUGUUUGAACUGAAAGGGGUUUUGGUUGAGAAAAUUUUGUGUAAAAACUUCUCUACAGCUAAAUUAAGAAAGUGGUGUGAUAUUUUCCGGGGGUUGAA